AUCCAGAACCAAUUUACCUGUCACCUGAGUACAGCACAAACGGAAACACUUACAAGGCACAUCUGUUCUCCUUGGGAAUGACCUUACUGUACGCAGCAGAAUACAAUGUUGACCAAUCACAGGAGGCUAUAUCUGCAGAGUUACGGGAACUGUUGGGUCGUAUGACGGCAGACGAAACCACCAAUCGUCCAGAUCUUGAAUCAACUAUUAUUCUCUGUGAGGAACAGCUUUGUGGUCAGUCAUCACAGGAAGUGUGCUGCGGCAUUGCCGCCAUUGUGGGAUUCGGACUCCCUCAAGAAGUAAUGGUAGAGAAUUUAUACUGGAAAGGGGGUAACAUGAGUAACCUCUAUGGUGUUACCUCGGAGACGAGUACCCCAGAUUAUGUUUUAAAUACAUAUGAUGACAACACUCAAGCCACUGUUAGUUAUGCAACAGAUCUCGGCAUUUCACCAGAUGCUGACUCGUAUAUACAGUCGGAACAGGGAGAUGCUACUUGUUGCGAUGAUAUACCAGAUCUAACGGAGGACAUAUCGCAAGCUGAAUCUCUGCCAUUGUCAGAACAAGAAACUGUAUUGUCAGAACAAGAUACUGUUUUGUCAGAACAAGAGACAUUGAUGUCAGAAAUCGGCACCGUGAUUGUAACUGAAACUGCAGAAUCUCAUGACGAUUCCUUGCCACUGAGCGAAGAACAGGAAAUGAAUCGUAAACAAAGAAAAACAUCUUCCUCGUCAAAGCAAGGAUUGAGUGGAGGCGAGUCUUUCAAACAUAAAGAAAAUUUAGAUACUUCAAAUACUAGUAGUAAACAAAAACCUGCUCUUCCAAAGAAACCUGACAUUAAUUUAAACGAACCAGGAUUAAAAUCCAGUGUUGCAAAUGGAAAUACACCUAAGAAAACUCUAGUUCAAGAAUUAGUGGUGUCUGAAUUAUUUAGUGAGAGUGAAUCGGAUCAAAGUCGGAAAGAUUCUGAUAGAAGUAUACAGGAUCGUAAGCAAAAAUUGUUAAAUGGUUCAGCAAAUAGUUCUGACUUGACGAGAACAGAUUCAAAAUCAAAAGAUUCAGGGAGUAAUGGUUCUAGUUUGAAUAGCAAGGAAAUGAAUAAAGACAGCAAUCAAAAUAUAACUUAUUUAAAAUAUGAAGAUAAAACUUCGAAAGAAAUUAAAAAUUCAUCCCAAAAUUUGACAGGGAUGUCCGAAAAGCAGACAGAAGCAGGGGGAAAUAAUAAAGAGAAAUCCGACUUGUCUAGUGAAAGUUGUAAUUCUAAAAAUAAAAGGAAUAAAAGGAAACAGGGAUUGACAGUGUCUGACAUAUUGGACGCCUUAGAUAGGAACCUUUCAGAAUCAGAGUUAUGGGCCCUGUGUAAAGAAGGAACAGCAGCAUUACAGAGGAAAAAGAAACAUUUACCUGCAUACCUGUCACCAGAUACUCUGGUUAUAAGAGAAUCUGGUAACGUCUCGUUUAAGGCGAUUCCCGAGGAGAAACCAUUAGAGGUGAUAUUUAUGGCGCCAGAAUUACAGAAGAAAGGAGAGCUGUCGGAAAAGACCUGUCUAUUUGGACUAAGUGUAACUCUGAGAUGUGCCGCAGGGAAGAAAUACUCUUCAGUGUCAGCCAUGAGUGUUAGCUCAGACCUAAAAGAUCUUCUACAGUACCUCGCUGAUAGUAACCCUGUAAAACGUCCAGAGCUAGUCGAUAUUGCAAAGGUAUGCAAUGAACACAUUAAUGGGACAAGCUCAGAUAGCGUUUGCAGUAAACUAUUCCAGGAGGCUUAUCAGGCAAUGAAUGAUAAAGAAGAAGCCACCCAAAGACAGCAGAAACUGGCUCAAGAGUCUAAACCAGAGAUCUCUCAAACACCGUCAGCAUUUAAACCUGCAGGUGGCUCAUCUUUCCAACCGGUCAAACCGGCUCCUGUUGCACCAGUGGGCAUAGUCUCUGGUGGAGCAUUUUGUCCUGUUCCAAAGAAAAUAAGCCCAAAGGAAAAUACAGUUGCAGAACCUAGAAUACCAAGUGCUUUCUCAUCACCUGCCACACAUUUUAAACCAAUCAUAUUGCAGCAGACAUCAGCCAAUGAAAAACCUGCUACUGUGCAAGAGGAGAAAACAAGUAGUUCAAAAGAAAAAUCUGCCGCAAAACCCUCAGUUCAAACUUCUCAGCCGCAAAAAAAGCAAAGCCCAGAUCCAAAUGCUGAUAAGGAGAAGGAAGUAGUGAAAAAACUGAAAGAAUUGAAAAAGAAUUUAAUGAAACAUAAACAACCAUCUAUGGUUAAAGAAAUAGAAAAUGAAGAUAAAGUGGCAGAUGUGUCAAAGGAAAGUAACAGUAAAAGCUCAACACCAAAUAAAAAAUCCUUGCCACCUACGCCAAAGAAAUCAAGUUCCAAAAGCAGUGACAGAUCAAAACGCAGAGGUUCAAGUGGUGCUCUUGAUGCUUUAUUGAAGGAAAUUCAAAAGCAGGGCAAUGUUCCUGAUACUCAUUCGCUUGCUUCUGCUAUAGCAGGGUUCCUACAAAACCAUUUAAAUCAGGGAGAUUCUUCUGCAAAAACUGAAAACCAGUCAAAAAAUACUGGUGACCUUGAUAUGACAGUGACAUCUGCUCAAGCUAAUCUAGGUCAAGGUCAAGCAUUACAAAAUUUGAAUAUCCCUUCUCAGUAUCAUUCUCAGUUGUUAGGACAGACUAUGACAUUACCUGGGAUGCAGUAUGGUGGAAAUGUUUACUCUGGUCUUCCACAGUUUCAGUUCCAACAAGACCCUGUGACUGGAUUUUUACAACUUGUCCCUGUUGUUCCUAUACGGCCACAAAGUGUGCAUAGUAAUAGUGGAAGUGUACAUAGUGCAAGGGAUUUUACUUCACCCAAUGGUUCUAGUUCAAUGAUCAAAGAUAUAAAUAGUCCAGAAAUGUCUCCUAAAGCUUAUCAUAAUCAAAGUGAUUUAAGCAAUCAGAGUGCAAUAUCUGACCCUUCGGGGUCAAGGGGCAAAGUUCCCCAUGGUAGAACUGCUAAAGACUUAGUGCAAAAGACAGCAAACAUGCGUGCCAAAAACUUAGGCCGUCCUUCGCCAUCUCAUCUACUGAAUGUUCCGAGAGAAGCUGGGGGAUUACAAAAGUGGAAAUCAGAUCAUGCUUUAGAUCGUGGCGAGCCACAAUUCUAUUCAGACAGUGAACGAUAUCACAAGCAUGGUUCAUUUUCUAGUCUUUCAUUCCAAAACAAACUUUCAACCGGAUUUGUGUAUGAUGAUUCAAUGUUAAAUACAAACAGAAAUGUUCAAAUGUCAGGAUUUUCACGUCCUAAUGGACGUAAUUUCCGCUCCCCGGAAGAUAUUCAUAGACACAAUAUUAACUCCACGGCUUCUUCCCCGUCCCCGUCAACACAUGAUAGUGGGAUAGGGGGAAUGAAUCAUGGUUUAUAUCGGGGCAAUGUGCCAGGAUCUGAUGCUUCUCUAAUGGACAGGUUAUUAAAUAGUAAUGUGAAUGGAAAACAACAAAAAAUUCUGGGUAAAAUUGUUCACCUCCUUAGAGAAGAGUUUGCCUUUGAUGGCUACAUGGAAAAUGGCGUUGAAGAUUUAGCUAUGGCUGAGUAUAUAUCUUCAUUGGGUGUGUUGAAAUGGGAGACAUUUAAGAGUGCCAUCAGCGAGAAAUACAGUGACAUCUAUUGGCAUGAUGAACUGUUAAAGAACCUGUAUGCUGCAGUUAACAGUAGUCGACCUCCAUCUGGUAACAGAGGAAAUGCUAGUCACUCCCGGGGACAAGCUGGUCAAAGGAAGCAGAGACAAGCUGGCAACCAGGACGAUGACUCAUCAGGUCUCUCAGAAACUAAUGAUAGCUCAAGAAAGACAACUCAUGAUAGACUUCAACCACAAUUGUCUCCCUUGCAAGGUCAUCAAAGGUCAAAUGCAAAUAAGGUCAGUCAGCAUGCUGACACUUCAGAUUCAACAGACACAGAGAAUUAUGGGAAGAGAAGAAGGAUAAAAACUAAACAUGAGUUAGAUAGAAUGAAAAGUUCAUCUAAUAGUAAUUUAUUAUUUGACAAUUCUCAGCCAGGUGCUGAAAGUGUUAAUAGUCAGCCAUGUAAUACUUCAAAUAAUGUUCAAGCUUCCAGUCAUAUUAACUUGCCACAAAACAAUUCUAUGAAUAGACAGCUCUCUGUCGACAGUGUUGUUCCGUCUGCUAAAAAUUCUCAAAAUGUCUCACGACCAUUGAGUCUAAACGUGUCACAUGAUUCAGCACAAAGUCAGAUAUUGAAACAAAAUUCAGGGAUAGUAAAUGGGUCACAAGGUCAAGGUGAUAUUAAUCAGAACACUUUAACAGUCCCAAGUCCGCAAAGGUCAAAUGCCAAGGUCACAGGGUUGUCAAGAGAGAUGAGUUUAUCUUCACAUAGUAGUAGUCAAUCUGACCUAGUUAAAGAUGGUGAGGGUGUUGCCAUGGAGAAGAGAGGUCAUGUGGUGUAUCACUGGGCAAUGAUACAGUUAUGUAUGUCACAGGAAAUGGAAAGAUUUAUGCAAGAUAUUGAUGAACAAAACCAUAAACUGCUGGUGUCAAAAUUGGCGGCCCUGAGUCAGGAAAUUAAAAUGGAGAAACGUUCUAGGAAAAGAACUCAGAAAUUCUACAAAUCUUUAGUGGACACAAACAAAAACAGCACAUUUGAAGUCUCAAAGAACGAUAAAACAGUUAAAGCUGAGAGAACACAGUUGUUACAGGUUGCCAAGGACAUUACGGAGAUGACUAAAAGAAUUGUAUUUAUAGAUCUCUGUAAAACACAUAUACAGAUGUUAUUGGCGGAGCUUCAAGGUAUAGAUGUAAGCUAUCUCUACUCUAUAGCAAUAUGUGCUCCUGCCGAGCCACUUCAUCUCCAGCCACGACCAGACAACCCCCUGCUUCAGUUCCAGACAUUACGUGAACCCCAGUCAGGCUGUGAGAUACAGGCUCUUCAUGCUGGAACCCCUGAAGGGCUCAUGGCUCACUUGUUUGCAUCAACUGCAUUAAGUGAUGGUUAUAUUCACCAGUUCCUAUUUUGUUAUCGUUAUUUUACCACAGCAACAGAGGUUAUGACCUUUAUUAUCAACAAAUUUGACUCAGCAACAAAAGUGCUUACAAUAAGGUUAAAAAAGAGAUCUGGUUCAACAGAAACAAAUAUUUCCCGUCUAAAACAGAGGACAAUAGAUGUACUCCAUUAUUGGCUGGAAGGUUACUAUAGCAUUGACUUUCAGGGAAAACCUACUCUUGUUAACUUGCUAAGGUCCUUCAUUAAAGAUCAUAUCAAUGAUGAAUCAGAGGGAGGUCAAAGUCUUUUAUCAUUGCUUAGCAACUGUUGCUCUGGCAACAACCUUGAACUUUCCUCAGCUGACCCUGAUGAAGCAGAGAUGCAUUUCUGGCAGACAAGUGUCCCAAAGGUCAAGCAACCCUUGACUGAGAAAAAGAAAGAGUGGGAAUCUUUCAAGGCUCUGGUACGUGGAAAAUCUAGUGCUAAAGAUAAAGCAGGAAAGGUCACAAUAUCAGCUGUGUGUGUUGAACGACGUCGUAGAAGCAUGGAGAAUCCUGACGCAUUCCCGAUAGUACAGCGAGGGCGAAGAACAGACAUGUUUACCCUCGCAGACUAUACUGCUCAAGGUCUUGCUGAACAGCUGUGCUUGAUAGAACAGGGCAUAUUUCAACUGACACACCCAGUUCAUUAUUUGGACUCUAAAUCUCGAGGAGUUGGGGUAGCUCUUACAAUGAAAGGAAUGAAAACUCCAGCCAUGGCCAGAAGGAGUGGUGUAGGAGAGGAUAGUACUGGUUUAUUUUUAGAGCCACUUCAUGAUGACUCGGCUAUACAGAAAAUGAUUGACCAUGCCCAGGAAGUGUCCCAUUGGGUAGCUGGUGAGAUCGUAGCUUGUAGUAAUCCAAAGACCCAGAUUGCAGUAUUGUCCAAGUUCCUGUUUAUUGCUCAUGCAUGUGUAGAGUUACGUAACUUUGCCACCAGUAUGGCGAUACUGGACGGUCUGGAGACUCUCAUUAUUAAACAACUUCCUGCGUGGAAAAGUCUUCCAGCAAAAUGCACAGCUAUAAUGGAUGAACUUUGUGCUUCUAGGAUGUUCCUAAAGAAUGAUCCGCUGUCAUUGAUGCAGCAGGACAAAGACUGCCAUCUAUAUCCCACAAUUCCAUCUGCAGUUAUCUUCCUGUUACAUAUACAACAACUUGAGAUCGGAGGAUUCAAACUAGCCAAUCAGAUGUACAAGUGGGGAAAAAUUAGGUCAAUAUGUCAAGUGAUAGACCAGAUACGUAUAUACCGCGAACAUAUGUAUGGAUUUGAGGCUAAUCACAGUCUACAGGACACGUUACGUCAUCGUAUACGCGAGAUGUCUGACCAGGAUAUUCACGAUCUUGCCGCUCAGCAUGAUAUUAACUACCAGAAAAUGUCGUCUGGUUCAGGAAUUUCCGGUGCUUUCAAAAAGAUGAAAGGAAAGUUUGGAGCUAAAUAAAUAUUAUGGACUGUUAUAACAUAGUGUUCAAGACUUUACCAAAGAACAAGCAUUAGUUCAGAGUAGUAAGCAAAAUUAACUGUUAACAAAACUUGCAUAACAGACAUUACAUUGCACAUGUUGUUGGGGAUAACUUUCUGCAAAAUGAGUUGACUUUACUUAAUGGAUAUUUAAUUUCAAGCUGUAGAUUGUCCUCUGAAAUGAUAUUUAGGCUUAUAGACAUUCUUCCCAUUAUGCAGUUAAAGGUGCUAGUACCUAAAUAAUUUUAUAUAUUGUGCAGAGUAAACUGUCUAUCCUUAAAAGACAUGAGAAAUAGAAAACACAGUGUAAAAACAAGGGGCAUUAAUUUGUCAAACAUUAAGUCAUUUGCAUAAUUAGCCAUUAAAUUAUCAUUUCAAUAAAUGAAUAAUGAGAAGUCAUUACUUGCUGUAAAUAUGUUGAGAUAUCUUUUGAAGAGAAGUAGAGAAAUGCUAGGGCUAUAAAAACAUAAAGGGAAGUUACUUAUAUAAUAUAAAGACAUCCAUCUUAACCUUGAAUUUUAAGUGAAAAAAAAGGACCAACAAAAAACGCCACCUUUUAUUUAAUGAAGGGACUUAGACUUGAAUAAAAGCAGGAAUAGAUGGUGUUGCCUUUUUCUAAAUUUGAAGUCAUCUCCCUUUGUAAGUUUGACAUCAUUUGUAAUAUUUCAAGGGAGGCUAUCCACAUAACUAUCCAGGCCAGUAUUAUAUUGCUUGUAUUGUAAACUAUCUUGAGUCUGUGAUAUUAGUUUACAGAUUUGUAAACAAAUUAUUUUAAGAUCUUGUAAACAUAGUCUUAGUUUUAAAUAUUGUAAAUGUUCUGUAAAUCAAAUACAUUGUUGUUUUACAUGUACUUAAUUCUUUGCCUUUUUAUGUAAAUUUUCAUUUUAUUACAAACAGCAUAUAUUUUUGGAAUAUCAAAAACAUAUAUUUACACAUACAUAUAUUAUUUUACACAUUAUAUAUAUUUUAAGCAAAUUUUUAGGAGCAUAAUUGUAAAACUUUACUCAAAUCAUCACUUGAAUACCUGUGCAUACCAUAGACAUUUUUGUUUUAGAGUUAUGGCCCUUUUUAUAGGUUAUUUCAUAUGUCACAACUUUACAAAUGUUUUAACAAUAAUUUAUACACCAAAUAUACUACUCUCAUUUUAGUGAGCUCUGCCAAUUCCUUAGGUCAUCUUUUGUUCCUGUGAAUACUUUCUUGUCUGCUUGCCUUUCCACUCGGCAGGCCAUGUGUUCCACAUUACUUGUGAAUGAAAUUAUGAUUACAUUUUUUUGUAAUUUGUAAACAUGCAAUCAAAUCAUAUUGCACUUUCUUUCAAUAUUCCAGUAGCUAAUAGCAGGGGCUUUCUUGGCCAAGGAUUCUUUCAUGUAAGGAAUCUACAAAGCUAGUUUGCACCCACUUGUGCAUGAUAUAAUGCACAGAGUGGUGCCCAAGGUCUUACCCCACCAGUAAAGUAGCCAUAUGGACUAGGUCAAAAAUUAAAACAUAUAUCUAAUGGUUCUUUACUUUUAACUCUUAGCAUGCUGUGCUGGCAGUGACUGAUUAUGCCAGUGCAGACCAAGAUUGGUCGCAUAAUCAUGCCAUCAGAUCAUUUGCCUGGCACACUGUUUCUCUGUUAUCAUUUAACAAUCUUGUAACAUUUUGUACAUGUAGUUUAACUGUGUAGAAAUAUUAUUUGUAGUUUAACCUUAAUUGUACAAUAUUGUAGUUUGACCUUAAACUGUGUACAAUAUUGUAGUUUGACCUUUAACUGUGUACAAUAUUGUAAUUUGACCUUCAACUAUGUACAAUAGUGUAGUUUGGCCUUUAACUAUGUACAAUUGUAAUUUGACCUUCAACUAUGUACAAUAUUGUAGUUUGACCUUUAACUGUGUACAAUAUUGUAGUUUGACCUUUAACUAUGUACAGUAUUGUAGUUUGACCUUUAACUAUGUACCAUAUUGUAAUUUGACCUUCAACUAUGUACAAUAUUGUAGUUUGACCUUUAAGUGUGUACAAUAUUGAACUCGACCUUUAACCUGUACAAUAUUGAACUUUGACCUUGUACAUAAUAAAGCUGUGAUAUGAGAAGUGUGAUAUGGGAAUGAAUCAAUAAAAUAAAUAUGAUAUUAAUACAUUAUUUUAACUUUUAUAUCAAAAUUGUAAAAUUUUAAUAUUUUUUACAAAAUAUAUAUUUUGUUCUAUUUUUAUUUUGUAUGAAUAUAAAGGUAAAAGAGUUUUGUUAAAUGUACUGAGUGAAUAAAAAUUAUUUUGACUAUAUUCAA